AUGCCUUCGCUCGAAGUUGACGACUAUGGUGUCACACCUGUUACCACAUUUGUCAGCUUUUUCGAGGAAGCUCUGGACGCCGCGAGCGCGAUCAAACCGACAGCUGCGAUCGAUCCUCCUCUCGAAGAAGCCGACCUCGAAGGUGUCCUGAGCCGGCUGCCCGAAACGCCUCAUGCCAACGAAUCACAAGACACACGCCAGCGGAAACAUCACAGAUUUGCCGUCAUUGAGACUGCAGCCCGUGGCAUCCUCAGUAAUCUCAUCGCCCAGGUCCCCAUCGAUUCAAACGACUUUGUCAGAAUAUGGAACCUUUUCGACAUACUACAAUGCCUCUCCGAUCGGGGCCAAUGCGACCCAGCUCUACUCGUGUGGCUCCUUGAAGACCUCCUCGACAGCCAGACCAUUCCGGGUUGUCGAAAGAUUUUCGACUACCUCGAGUCACGGAGGCAACGCAUCAUCUCCAGAAACUUCGCCGAGAAGAAGCUCAUAAUACUGAGAAGCUGUAACGAGCUUCUGCGCCGACUUUCACGCGCUGAAGACACGUCUUUCUCGGGCCGCGUCUUCAUUUUCCUCUUCCAAAGCUUCCCUCUUGGUGAUAAGAGCUCGGUUAACCUCAGGGGUGAAUACCAUACUCAAAAUGUCACAAUCUAUGAUCAAGAAGCUUCCAAAGCCGAUCAUGCUGAGGACAAGAUGGACGUCGACUCCGAGACUACUCCUGCCAAAGAUGGGGAGCGGCCAGUGCCGAGCAAGGCCGUCUCUUUCAGUGACAAGAAAGAAGCAGCACUGGAGAAGCCUCUAGAUGCCGACGCACUCUAUCCGGUAUUUUGGUCUCUGCAAGAGAGCUUCAAUCAGCCUAAGAAGCUCUUUUCGCCACCCCACUUCAGCCAGUUCAAGACCUCGCUACAGGCUAGCAUGGCGGCAUUCAAAGCAAGACCAGUACAGCAAGAGCCGAAAUCUUCGAAACAAGCCGAGGAUAGUAAGCGAGGGCUGAAGAGGAAGCGGAGCUCUGAUGUCGAUACCAUCGUUGAUACUUUUAAUCCAAAGUACUUGACAAGUCGUGAUCUGUUCGAGCUCGAGAUCGGCGAUCUAUCACUGAGGAGAUACGUUCUGUUCCAGGCACUCAUCAUCAUGGACUUCCUGCUGUCGCUAGCCCCAAAAGCCAAGGAAGAGUUGUCAUCAAUACCGCAAGUCAACAAAUCUGUGGCUUACUUGGAUCAAACCCUCAGCGAGGAGGACAUCAAAUGGGCAACAUCAAUGAAGUCGGACAUAUCCAAGUAUCUUCUGAGCACCACGCCUGAUGGCCCCUUCUUCCUGAGACUCGUCGAAACGGUACUCAUCCGAGACAAGAACUGGGUCAGGUGGAAGAUCGAAAACUGCCCGCCAAUCGAGCGACCAGCUGUCACGCCUCAGGAGUGGGCCGAGACCAUGAGCAACGCAAAGUCUCUCUCGACAAACAAGAGACUGCGACGGGAGGCUAUGGGUUCGCUGUCGCUCGACUUCCUGAACGACGAACAGGACGCAAACGCAGUGGAGAAGCUCAAAGACCCCGAAAGAUACCAGCUUCCGGAGCUCAAGAGCUUCAAGCGGAAGAUCCAGGAGGACGACCUCGAGAUCGAGAUGCCACUUUCCAACGACUCAAAGGCGGCCGCCGUCGAGGGCAAAGCAAGCAAGACUUGGAGGGCCUUGCGGAUUGCGAGCAGGUCAAAGCUGGCGCUGUUCGAUCAGAUCGAGUCGUACGAGGAUAUCAAUAUCCUCUUCGAGGAGAAGAAACCGGAAGAGGAGGCUCAUGAGAAUGGAGAGAGUGGGGAGAAUGGGGACGUCGGGGAUAAUGAUCAGACCAUGGAUGAGGUCAAGGAACAAGAGUCUGAGCCUGCUCUAGAGAAUGGCAACAGUGAAGCUGCGGCUGUGACGGCAGAAGUGGUGUCGACAGAGGCUUGA